AUGGAGCAGGACGAUGCGACCGAAGAAACGAUCGACGGGAUGCGGGACACCAUCAAGGAGGAAAUGAAUUCUUCAGAUGAGGAGUACUCAAAUGGUCAACUUUUUGAAGAUGACGGGUUAGCCAGAGAGGUGCUCACUUGCUUCUCGGGCAGUCUUUCACAACUGUUAGAAGAAGAAGCAAAUCUGAUGAGGAUACGUCAAGAAGAAGCCUUGAUGGCUGUUGAAGUCCGAAAACUCGAAAUCGAAAAACUCAAUCUCGAAAUUGAAUGGUUGAGGAGGAGAGCAGAAUCAGAAGGGAACAGCUGCAGCUCCUUCAAUGCUAAGUGA